UUUGUGCCUGGAAAACGUGUGGUAAUUGAGUGCUUGAAAUUCGAUGAAACUAAGCCAAUGAAGGCAAUCAUUCAACGUGUAACAUCGGCCAGCGUUACGGUUUGCGAUGAAUGUGUUAGCAGCAUCGGCCGAGGGCUGUGCGUUUUGGUGGGCAUCUCGACGGACGAUAACGCGAACGAUGUGGACUGGCUAGCCCGCAAGCUGCUCAACAUCCGGCUGUUCGAAGAGCCGGCCACAGGCAAACGGUGGAUGCAGUCCGUGUCCGAUCAACAGCUGGAAAUCCUCUGCGUCAGCCAGUUCACAUUAUACCACCGGAUGAAGGGAAAUCGUCCCGACUUUAGUCGCGCCAUGCAAGGACCCCAAGCGCAAGAACUGUACGGAACGCUGCUGCAGAAGUUGCGUGAGCAGUACACGGCGGACCGCAUUAAGGACGGCGUGUUUGGGGCCAUGAUGCAGGUGCACAUCCAGAACGAUGGACCCGUCACGCUGGAGAUUGAAUCACCGCCGCAAACGGACCAAGAGCGACAGAAACUGCAGCGCUCGCAAGGACGCAAGGCGCAGGUGAAGGACUUGCAAACGGCACCGGCUGGUGGCGAGUGAGUCGUGCCGUGAAAAGCGACCUGAAACAGUGCCCCCGGUUUAACCACAGCUAUUCUUUAGGACCCGGUUACUAUCGGGCGAAACGUAAAGUAGCCUUCUUUGAAAGGGGAACUGAAUUUGGUAGGAUGGUUUGGUGCCUCGAACGUUCCUCAAUCGUUGUGUUACUGAGCAUCAUGUUCAGUCGAAAAAUAGGUCAGCAAUCUUUUUAUGAGGUACGAAAAUGCAGCGCCUCCGUAAAUUGGUAGGGAACAAUAUGAAACAAAUCCAUGAUGCAGAACUUCAAAUUAAGAACAUCUCCAAUUUGGCGUGUCAAUUAGCCAUCGGACCACACGAAAAGAUGUUUACAAUUUAUGAGGAGCAUAGGGAUCUUGAUAACAGCGAAGAGUUGACGGUUUUUGCUCUGAAUACGUUUAGUUUUCGAUUUUUAGUAACUGUUACGUAUGGCCGCAGGCAAUUUGUUGCAAACACGGCAAGACAAAGAAUUAUUUUGAAGUCGUUAAUCUUACCUUCAGUGAGGAUUAAAAAAAUAUGUAUUUCUUGUGUUCUUAUCGACCUCGUUUACACGUAGAUCAGCUCGCGCACUCCGCGCUGGGUGAACUUCCGCUCCAGCCGAUUUUGCCUCCUUUUAGCCGAAAAAGCCGUGAAAGAAGCCAAAGAAAUAGGAUGAACCACUAUUGUUAAUUCAAUAGGUCCAAAUUCUACUACCAAGGAAGUUCGGAAAAAUGCCAAUUAUAUAGUUGAUUCCCUAAAAGAUAGAUAUUUUAAAGUCAGAAUAGGGCAAACGGAUUCAAUAAGAAAAGUACAAGAAAACAGAGUUCCACAAGGAGUUAUACUAUCGCCUAUAUUAUUCACGAUCAGUCUACAGUCCAUUCCCAACACCUUCCUUCACUCAAUUCCCAAUAACAUACAGACUUUUAUGUAUGCGGGCGAUAUAACUCUUGUCUCUACCCAUAGAAAACAUCUUCAAACAGCUCUCCUCUAGAUCCAGAAAUGGAAUAGCUUAACAGGAUAUGAAAUCUCAGCCUCCAAAAGUAAAAUCAUGUUUCUAUGCGAUAAAAAGACUUUCUCAAAAGAGGUAGACAACUAAAAUGUAAAAAUAUCCAAACACGUCUAGUAACGAAAAUUAAAACAAUAUGAACCAACCUAUUUCGUAUGUCAGGAUGUGGGAAAUACAGAGCAAAUCGGAAAACCCUUGUUAGCAUUCUCAACCAAUCUAUCAUAAUGCCGUCAAAAAAAUGCCGGGUGCUUUCUGCACCACCUUGUCGUGUUCUCUACGUUUCCAGUGGAUGAAACUAAUUUGUACUGCUACUUUCGGCUCUUCUACUGCUCGUGCUGCACGUUCUACCUUUACUUAAGACCG